AUGGCCGUCCCUCUACAGUGCUCCAACUACCCUGGAUAUGAGAUCUUCAAUAAGAUGCACGGCAUUUCAUCCGGCGUCGUGAUCCCGCCAGGAUCUGCAAUUCUCUUCACCGCGGGCAUGGUCGGUCCCGUGGCUGACGGUGGGUUGGAAUUCAGCGAGGAUAUUGAGGACCAGUUUCAAAAGGCGUUCCAGAACUGCGAGAAAGCCAUCAGGACUGCAGCUCCAAGUUUGUCGGCAGAAGAUGCCUGGAAGUCGAUCGUCCAGAUCACAAGCUAUCACGUUGGAGGGGUUGCAGAAGUAGACAAGCCAUUGGCGAAAGUUGCUGGAAGCUUCCUGCGAGGACAUCAACCCGGUUGGACGGCGGUAACUGUUCCAGCGCUUGGUUACCCAGGCUGCAAGUUUGAGUUCUCCGUGGUGGUUGCACUACCACCAAAGUAG